GGCCGCCGGCGCGGGGAGGGGGGUGGGGUGGGCCGCGGGGCCGCCUCGGGUGCUGGCGCGCGGGGCCGCGGCGGGCGCGGUGCCUAGCGCCCUGCUGCCGCCGCCGGCGAGUGCCCCCCUUCUUUUUGGCGGUUUUGAACAUUUGUGCGGGACGAGGGGCUCGCGGCAGGUGAGCAUCUUGCGCGUCGCCGGGGAGCCCGCUGGCCCCUGGCGAGCCCCCCUGGGACCGCCUGCACCGCGGCCCCGAAAGUUUUUUUUUUUCCUAAAUAUCUUAAAAUUCAGAUGUAUUUAUCAAGAUAGAAGUAAUUUUAUUUUUUUUUUUCCUUCCCUUAUCUCUACCGCCUUGAAAGCGAGCACUUUCGGCCAAGGCCAGAGGAAAACGCUGGCCACAUUUGGACUUGGGGAGGGGGGGAGGGCGAUUUUAUUUUAUUUUCUUAAAGAAAAAAAAAAUUGAGUGCAUCGAGAUGGAGAAAAUGCCCCGCCAGCUCCCCCUGAACCCCACCUUUAUCCCGCCUCCCUACGGCGUGCUCAGGUCCCUGCUGGAGAACCCGCUGAAGCUCCCCCUCCACGAAGACGUGUGAGGUGUGAGUCAAAUUCCUCCACGUCUCAGCAGCUCGGCGGCUGUCUUCACUAUGCAUGUGGACGAUGACUGUUUUUGCAGGUUUCCUGGGAGCGGUUUGACAUACAAGCGGAGGAAAGAACCAGCCUUUGGUAAAGAGAAAGACAAGGAGAAGAAGCUGGACGAUGAGAGCGGCAGCCCGACGGUCCCGCAGUCGGCGUUUUUGGGGCCCACCUUAUGGGACAAAACCCUCCCCUAUGACGGAGAUACCUUCCAGCUGGAAUACAUGGACCUGGAGGAGUUCCUGUCAGAAAAUGGCAUUCCCCCCAGCCCGUCCCAGCAGGACCACAGCCCCCACCCCGCCGGGCUGCAGCCGGCCCCCGCGGCUGCCCCCUCGGUCAUGGACCUCAGCAGCCGGGCCUCCGCACCCAUUCACCCUGGCAUCCCGUCUCCCAACUGCAUGCAGAACCCCAUCAGACCAGGUCAGCUGUUGCCAGCAAACCGCAAUACACCAAGUCCUAUCGAUCCAGACACCAUCCAGGUCCCGGUGGGCUACGAGCCAGAUCCGGCGGAUCUCGCCCUCUCCAGCAUCCCUGGCCAGGAAAUGUUUGACCCUCGCAAACGCAAGUUCUCCGAGGAAGAACUGAAGCCACAGCCCAUGAUUAAGAAAGCCCGCAAAGUCUUUAUCCCUGAUGACCUGAAGCAGGAUGACAAGUACUGGGCAAGGCGCAGAAAGAACAACAUGGCGGCCAAGCGCUCCCGCGACGCCCGGCGGCUGAAGGAGAAUCAGAUUGCCAUCCGGGCCUCGUUCCUGGAGAAGGAGAACUCGGCCCUCCGCCAGGAGGUGGCUGACUUGAGGAAGGAGCUGGGCAAAUGCAAGAACAUACUUGCCAAGUAUGAGGCUAGGCACGGGCCCCUGUAGGAUGGCAUUCUUGCGGGCUUUGCUUUGGAAUGGAUGGACAGUUUGUUUCCUGUCUGAUAGCUCCACACCCAAACCGACCUUUCUGACAUCAGCACUUUACCAGAGGCAUAAACACAACUGACUCACAUUGUGUGCAUCAUGUGUGUGUGAGUGUACGCGUACACAUGCUUGUGCUCGUGUGUGUGGCCCACAGGGUGUGUGCUUGCGUGUGUGCGUGCGUGCGAGUGUAUGUGUGUGUGUGUCCCCUUUGCACUUGCCAUUUUUAGGUAGCCCUCUCAUUCUCUUUUAGUUCCAACAAAAGGAAGGUGCCAUGUUUUUACUCGACUCUGGAGCCCCCUCGGGGAUCCACCUCCCCUUCCCGUCUUCCCGGCUCCUGCCCUUUCUGUGUGGCUUGGUGUUGCAGCUUCCCCACUCCUGCAGGACCCUGUGCUAGGACUCCCUGCGAGGGGCCCUGGUGAAGUAGUGGAUCUCAGUUGUCAAGAGUUCCAGCUCCUGUUCCUGUCACCUGGAAGUGACCCUGCUCACAGGGUGCCCCAGAUACCUUCCCCAGCACUACACGCAGCUCUGUGCACUCACAGGUUGCUUUCCUCGUAUUUUCCGUUUUGGUGGUAAUUGUCUUCAAAUUGAAAGUGCUGUUUAGAGUUCUUAGAUCCCGUAUUUACUUACUGCUAUCUAAUAAGUUUCCUUUUAAUUCUACCAGCCCCGCCUAAGUAAGAGUACUAUUCUAGAACACAGGGUGUCUCUGCACUGUCUGUACUAAAGCAAUAAUCCUGCUGUGCACUAGAGCAUGCUGCCUGAGUCUCACUAGUGGACGUAGGAUGUUUUCCCUACCUAAGGAUCUCACUGUCUUUUAAAAACAAAAAGGAAUGCAUUUGCGCAUGACCAGAACAUCCCCAGGACAGGGAAGCAGAGGGAGAUGGGAGGUCUAAGAAUGAGGGGUUAAUUUCUCAGUCCACGAGCCAUGGACCAGCCUUUGCCGUCGUGUUUGGUUUUCUUCUCUCCCCUCUCCCAAACCCCGCCCACCUCCUACUUCUCUAGUUCACUUUGUCCAUAGCCCUCUUGAUAUUCCAAGCAAUUCAAUGACUUAAGAUUGAGUUUUCCCAUUUUUUUGUAAUAUAUUUUUGUGAAUUAUACUUUGCUGUUUUUAAAAAAAUCAGUUAAGUUAAUAAGUUGAUGUUUUGUAAGGCCCUUUUUCCUCAUGGUGUCAUUUUUGAAUGCCUCAUAAAUUAAUUAUUCUAGAGCUUAUGUUUCUUACUCUGUUUGCUUUUGAACGUAUGUGCUCUUAUAAAGUAGACUUCUGAAAACGAAUGUAAAAGACACUGGUGUAUCUCACAAGGGGAUGGCAUUGUCACAAACUGUGGUUAAUCCAAUCAAUCUAAGUGUUUACUGUAGACCAAAAGGAGAUUAUUAAAUUGUUUAAUGUUUAUACAGAGUAACUAUAGGAAGUUCUUUUUUUGUACAGUAUUUUUCAGAUAUAAAUACUGACAAUGUAUUUUGGAAGACAUAUAUUAUAUAUAGAAAAGAGAAAAGGAAAACUAUUCCAUGUUUUAAAAUUAUAUAGCAAAGAUAUAUAUUCACCCGUGUUGUACAGAGAAGACGUGCUUGGGGGUUUUUGAAGUCUUUAAUAUUUUAAGCCUAUCACUGACACAUCAGCAUGUUUUCUGCUUUAAAUUAAAAUUUUUAUGACAGUAUCAAGGCUUGCCGUGAUGAAUCGUGCUCUGAAAGACACAAGGAGCUUUCUUCUUUCUUACGAGGUCUCAGGAAGAAGUCAGCUAACAUCACCCAAAAGCACAAAAUGGAUUUUAGUCAAAUAUUUAUUGGAUGAUACAGUGUUUUUUAGGAAAAGCAUCUGCCACAAAAAUGUUCACUUCAAAAUUCAGAGUUCCUGGAAUGGAGCGUUCCUGCCUGUGCCCCCAGACGGCUCUGUUCCCCUCUGGGGCCUGUGUGUCUUAUGCAGUAUAAAGGCGAUCUCGGUGCUACGCGUACGGCCUAUAAUUUGAUAGAUGUUCUGACUUUAAAGACGAUUGUUCUUUUGUUUCAUUAAGUUGUACAAUGUCAAGAGAUUCUGCUGUUACUGCAAAGAAACAUUUUGUGCUAGAUUAAAAUACUCUUUUAUCCAUGGAA